AUGGAUGAUAAGCCUCUUGAGCCUCAAAAGAGAGAAUUCCAAUCGCCUGCUGCUUCAUCAACAAAAUAUUCUUCAGACUCUCUGGAGUCAUUAUAUUUGAAGCUAAAGAAUUGGAUUGAAGAUUCAUUGGACCUUUUUAAAAAUGAUUUGCUUCCACUUUUCUAUCCUCUAUUUGUUCAUAUUUAUUUCGAUUUGAUUCAGCAAAACAAAACAGAGGAGGCAAAGGCUUUUUUUACAAAAUAUUCGGCAGACCAUGAGAAUAAAAAAGAAGAACUCAAAUAUUUUAAAAGCAUAUACACACCUCAACACAUUCAUGAAAAUAAUUUAGCUUACACUUUUCGAACAUCUAAAUAUUAUCUUCCUAUUGGAAGAUACGCUUUUGAUCUUCUUAUUAAUUUUUUGGAAGAAAAUAAUUUUACAUAUAUCUUAAAAGUUUUGAACCAGUAUUUAAAUAUUAAUAUUUACACAGGAACAAAAAAUGAGGAUAAACCGCAGGGGAUUGAUGAUUGUGAGGUUGACUUAACUACAUUUUUGGCGUCAAAAGAGUGUGAGGAAGCGAUUUUAGCAGAUGAACAGUAUAAGUACGAUCAUUUAGAGGCAUAUGCCAUUCAACUAAAAAAACAAAGAGAAGCAAAGGACAGAGACUCUACGAUUAAACCAAAUGCUUCGCAAAUAAUAUCAGAAAUUAAAAAAUUGAAAGAUCUUUGCAAAAGAGUUUCUGUUAAUAAAAAUAAUCUUCCUAGUAUUUGUUGCUAUACAAUUCAUAAUACUUAUGAAGGGCUUACUGCUGCGGAGAUAAGCACUGAUUCUAAACUUCUUGCAUGUGGAUUUAAAGACAGUUUUAGAGAUAUUUUUUCUUUAACAAAAGAACCUCUUAGAAGACUUAAGAAAAGUUCUGAUCUAGCAAAGACUGACAUCAAAAAUUUAGACAAGGAAAAGUUUGAAGAGGUUGGAAGCACGUAUCGACUUAUAGGCCAUUCAGGUCCUGUUUAUUGUGUUAAGUUUUUUUCUUCAAAUAAAUUUCUGCUUUCAUGUUCUCAGGAUUGUACGGUAAGAUUGUGGAGCUUGGAUUUGUUGACUCAAAUUGGUGUUUAUAAAUCACAUGUUUUCCCUAUUUGGUGUGUGGAUGUUGCUCCUAAUGAUUUCUACUUUGCAAGCGGACCUGCGAAUAGACAAACGGUAGUAUGGUCUGUUACAGGACAAAAGCCAGAAAGAUUGUUUGUUACAUCUCUGAGUGAUGUUACUUCUAUAAAGUUUCAUCCUAAUUCAAAAUAUCUAUUUACAGGCUCUUCUGAUCACAAAAUUAGUAUGCAUGAUAUAUCAAAUGCACAAUUGGUUAGGACUUUUCAUGGGCAUACGGAUGCGGUCACAUGCUUAGAUAUCUCUCACUGUAGAAAACUGCUUGUUUCAGGAAGUAAAGAUAAGACCUUGAUAUUAUGGGAUAUACAAAAUGGAAAAAGCCUCAUUAAAUAUAUAGGACAUGAUAAUGUUAUUUUUUCAGUGUCAUUUAGUUGGUAUGGAACUAUAAUAGCAUCAUGUGAUGCAGACAAUUGUGUAAGGUUAUGGGAUAAGACGGAUCAAAAGGGUUUUUGUCUUGGAAUUUUCUAUACAAAGAAUACACCACUGUAUUGCAUUAAAUUUGGAUAUAGAAACAUAAUAUCUACCACAGGACCUUUUAUGGGUGCGUAA